GUAAAAAGGAAGCGACCGAAAACUGGAAAGAACACCGUGGGAGCAAAGUAGAUACCUCGUAGAUACAUUUGAAUCUAAUACUUCAAUUAAUACAAGAUGAGCGUGUCGAUGCCUCAGAAGCGAUAUUACAGGCAGCGAGCCCACUCGAAUCCCAUGGCAGACCACACGUUUGAAUAGUGAGUCACUCGUCAGUCCUUUUGGUAAAAGGUUUAGCAAGCUAACUCGUUAGCUAACGCAUGUUGCCCGCAAAAUUGGCCAAGCUUCUAGUCGAUGUACUACUGUAUGUUUGAAUUCAUUUCACGUCACAGCUUUAUUGAGCAAGAAAUUGCCAAAAGCAAAACGUUUCUCUAAACUAGAUUGCUGUUACGCUUCCGUGUGGAGUUCUCUCUCCUCACUCGUCGCUUGUUUAGAUGCCUGACGACACAACAGUCGUUUUACAAGUCAGAAUGUUGAAUAAACUCAUUUGAACUUUUUCAAAAUAUCCACAGGAAAGUAAGUAUCAUUAAAACGACUUUCCAAAACGCGUGUCUGCGUGGCUUUCGGUUUGUUCAUCACUUAACGCAAGCUCAUAAAUUACUAAGCGAAAAGUCUGUUUAAUAAAACUAUCCUGUGGAUAUUUUUUAUAAAAUUUCCAACGGCACAAGGGACAACCAGCAGAUGAAGUUCAAAUUACAGUUUACAACAUUCUGGCUACACAAAAUGGUAUAUAUAAAUCAUUGCACAAGACAACAUUACGAAAAUGUCAGUGGAAUAUAAGCCUUUCCUAAUCAGCAAGCUAGCUUGCUUUUAUGUCAGGAAGCCGGUAUUAAAGGCUACUUAUACAUGAGCUAUUGACCAAGUGCACUGUAGUUAUUUAGUAAUUAAUACAUUUUGUAAACGUAGAGAAAGUACUGCAUUGGAUUAGAAGUCAGUUUCACCUUGUGCUGGUCAGCAUUUGCUCAGGUCUGUUGAUUUCAUACUUAUACCUAUUUCACCAUGACCUCUUCUCAGCCCUGUCUGUCCAGAGGACAUGGACUGGUCCCAGCUGUACCCUGAGUUCUUCAGCGACCACCAGUCGACCAAAAAGGCUGCACAAGUGGAGUUUGCAGACAUCGGCUGUGGAUAUGGGGGACUUCUCGGUAUGGCAUGGUCUUCUAAUCCAUGAUAAUUCCUCACCCUUAUUACCCAACACCAGUCUUUAUCAUUCUCAUGCUUACUAACAAAAAUACUCAACCAUCAAGUGUUGUUGACAGAGGACUGUCAGUCCUAAAUUGAACUGAUGUGAGUGAGACUGUCCUUUGUAGGUGUCAUUUUUGGUUGUUCCAUCUGAGGGUGCUGUUGACUUGCAACAUGGUCAGGAGAUUUGGCUUGGUAGGUUCUUUCAUUGUACACUCAGUGGCCAGUUAACGAAAAUGAGUCACUUGGCCAUGGCUUGAUAUAUAAAGCAGGCAGACCGGCAUUGAGGCAUUCAGUUACUGUUCGCUUGAACAUUAGAAUGGGCAACACGAGUGACCUAAGCGACUUUGAGGGUGGUAUGAUAAUCGAUGCCAGGCCCGCCGGUUCCAGUAUCUCAGAAACGGCUGGCCUCCUGGGCUUUUCACGCACGACAGUGUCUAGGGUUUACCAAGAAUGGUGUGACGAACAAAUAAAAUCCAGUCAGCGGCAGUCCUGUGGGUGAAAACAGUUUGUUGAUGAGAGGUCGAAGGAGAAUGACAAGAAUCGUGCACACAAACAGGCGGGCCACAAACAAGCAAAUAACGGUGUAGUACAACUGUGUGUGUAGAAUGGCAUCUCAGAACGCACAACUCCUUAGUCCUUGUCACGGAUGGACUAUUGCAGCAGACGACUACACCGGAAUCCACUCCUAUCACCUAAAAACAAGCGGCUCCAGUGGGCACGCAAUCACCAACACUGGACAAUUGAGGAGUGAAAAAACAUAGCCUAGUCCGACGAAUCACGGUUCCUGUUGCGUCAUGCUGAUGACAGAGUCAGGAUUUGGCGUAAGCAGCAUGAGUCCAUUGCCCCAUCCUGCCUGGUGUCAACGAUACAGGCUGAUGGCGGUGGUAUAAUGGUGUGGGGAAUGUUUUCCUGGCACACAUUAGAUCCCUUGAUACCAAUUGAGAAACGUUUCCAUUCCCUCAAAGAACUCAGGCUGUUCUGGAGGCAAAGGUUGGUCCGACCCGGUACUAGAUGGUUGUACCUAAUAAAUUGGCCACUGAGUGUACAGUAUAUUCUGUCUGUCUAUAUUCCUGGAUUAACCUAAAUGAUAACAUUGUACAGUAUUUUUUCUGUAUAUUUAAUACAAUAACCUAUAGUGACUAAUGCAGGGAACACAGUCAAAUGUAAUUGUAUUUGUCACAUGCUCCAAAUACAACAGGUGUAGACUUUACCGUGAAAUGCUUACUUAGGAGCCCUUUACCAACAAUGCAGAGUAAAUAAAUAUACGGCAAAUGUGCAAAAAAGGAAAUGGUAACACAAUAACAAUAACAAGACUAUAUACAAGGAGUACCGGUAUGAGUCAAUGCCAAUGGGUAUGAGGUAGUUGAGGUGUAAUUGAGGUAAUAUGUACAUGUAAGUUGGAGUAAAAGUGACUAGGCAAUCGGGAUAGAUAUUAAAACAGUAGCAGCAUUGUGUGUGAAAGUGUGAAUGUGUGUGGUGUUAAUUUGUGUGUGUGUGUUGGAAUGUCAGUGUAGUGUGUGUGCAUAGAGCAGGUGCAAGAGAGUCAGUGCAAAUAAAAAGGGGGUCAAUGCAAAUAGUCAGGGUAGCAAUUUGAUUAACUGUUCAGCAGUCUUAUGGCUUGGGGGUAGAAGCUGUUCAGGAGCCUUUGGGUCACAGACUUGGUGCUCCGGCACCGCAUGCUGUGCGAAUCGAGGAGUAUGACCUUUCAACAUUCUGUAUCCUCUCCUUUUCCACAGCCAUCAGUAUCGUAGUAGACUCUGUUUUAGUGGUUCUUGCAACUUUUUAUUUGCCACCUGUUCCCAGGUCAGAUUAAUAACCUACCUCCUCUCUAUCUCAGUGGAGUUAUCCCCGCUCUUCCCAAACCAACUGAUCCUGGGCCUGGAGAUCCGUGUCAAAGUGUCUGAUUAUGUCCAGGACCGUAUCCGCUCCCUGCGUGCAGCAGAGACGGGCAGCUACCAGAACAUCGCCUGCUUACGGAGCAACGCCAUGAAGUACCUGCCCAACUUCUUCUCCAAGGGACAGGUACUUAACUGUUCCCGCCCCUUUUCUGUCUUCCUUUUUCCCCCUUUCUUUUUUCUGUGUAGUGUACUGUGACAUUUGUUUGUAAAAUACACUUUAAAUAAAUGAUGAUGAAUGAGGUAGCCAGAGACCAUCUGGGGUUGUCAGCCACAUAACACUUCUGCCUUGCCCUUGUAUCUAUUGUGUUUAUAUUUAUUUGUAGACAUGUCUGUCAAACACCUCACCUCUAAAUAGUACAGUACUUAAUCCAUUCAGCAAGUUUUCAAAAUGUUUUGAUGCCUGGCAAUGAUGCUCAAAUUCAAAUGGUGUUUGCUACACUUUUGCACAGCUUUCUGACCAUUGGGCAUUGAGGGUAUGUGAAGCUAUCCACCGUAGUAAUUAUUAAAUAAAGUGUCCUUCCUAUCAACCACAAUAUAAAUAUUUCUGUGUAUCACAAAAUAGUGGAUACACAACAUGUUCAUAACCAAUCAGUGAGUAAAAUAAACCCACACACAUCACAACUGCUGCUACCAGCACUUGUUACGAUUGCUAAAUACUGCACAAUUUAAACACUUGCCCCCCCAAUCCCCCCCUCCCCAAAAUACGUGCAAAUAUUGGACUAUGAAUUGUGCCUCCCUGUAUUAUACUUAUGCUAAAAAAGUUAUUCUAUUCUACUGAGCCAUUUACUUUAUUUUUGUAUCCUUAUCUUUUAUUAUGUAUUAUUGUUGUUGCCUUGUCGAGAAGGAACCUGCAAGUAAGCAUUUAGUUGGAUGGUGUAUACCAUGUGUGUCCCGUAUGCACAACUAAUAAAACUUGAAAUGCACAGUAUCUGUAUUAGGUAGUUUACAGCCCUCUAGUGGCAACAAUAGGAAGUGUUUGAUCAGCAGCACCAGGUAUCAAUAUGACCAGUACAGCAACUUAGUUCUUAUCUCUAUACCGUAGAGUAACAAUGGCUAAUGAUUUCCAAACCUUAUGUCACAACCCAGAGAUUUUAGCCUCUAAUGAAUUUCUCAACAAAGGUGACACCGUGCCAGUGACCACAUGCCAGGCGUCACAUCAGCUGAACAUAAGACUAUACACUAAUCAGUAUUUUACAGCCUAAUAGUGGAGGGUUUCGCCUUAGAAUUCAACCCAAUUAAUCAGAAUGACUGAUAAAACAAGCUAGCUUAGCCUACAUAGUGGAACCUCCAGUACCAGGACUGAGUAACCUAAAUCAAACUUUAUGUAAAGCACAUUUAAAAUUGCAACACACAUUAAAGUGAACAAAUCGAAUGGAAAAGGAAGUAAAAGCAAAUAAGAAAUGAUAAAAUGUCACAUUUUCCUUCAACUUCUUGUAUUGGAGUAUAGCUCCUUGGCUGGGUUUGAAUAGACACAUUGACAUGAUGAGCUCUGACGCUCGUCGGAUGUGGCAGGGCUUGAAAACUAUUACAGACUACAAAGGGAAGCACAGCUGCGAGCUGCCCAGUGACACAAGCAUACCAGACGAGCUAAACCACUUCUAUGCUCGCUUCGAGGCAAGCAACACUGAAGCAGGUCAACAUUCACAAGGCCGCAGGGCCAGACGGAUUACCAGGACAUGUACUCCGAGCAUGUGCUGACCAACUGGCAAGUGUCUUCACUGACAUUUUCAACAUGUCCCUGACUGAGUCAGUAAUACCAACAUGUUUGAAGCAGACCACCAUAGUCCCCGUGCCCAAGGACACUAAGAUAACCUGCCUAAAUGACUACCGACCCGUAGCACUGACGUCUGUAGCCAUGAAGUGCUUUGAAAGGCUGGUCAUGGCUCACACCAACACCAUUAUCCCAGAAACCCUAGACCCACUCCAAUUUGCAUACCGCCCCAACAGAUCCACAGAUGAUGCAAUCUCUAUUGCACUCCACACUGCCCUUUCCCACCUGGACAAGAGGAACACCUACAUGAGAAUGCUAUUCAUUGACUACAGCUCAGCAUUCAACACCAUACUGCCCUCAAAGCUCAUCACUAAGCUAAGGAUCCUGGGACUAAACACCUCCCUCUGCAAUUGUAUCCUGGACUUCCUGACAGGCCGCACCCAGGUGGUAAGGGUAGGUAACAACACACCUGCAACGCUGAUCCUCAACACAGGGGGCCCCUCAGGGGUGCGUGCUCAGUCCCCACCUGUACUCCCUGUUCACCCAUGACUGCAUGGCCAGGCACGACUCCAACACCAUCAUUAAGUUUGCCAACGACACAACAGUGGUAGGCCUGAUCACCGACAACGAUGAGACAGCCUAUAGGGAGGAGGUCAGAGACCUGGCGGUAUGGUGCCAGGAUAACAACCUCUCCCUCAACGUGACCAAGACAAAGGAGAUGAUUGUGGACUACAGGUAAAAAAAGAGGACUGAGCACGCCCCCAUUCUCAUUGACGGGGCUGUAGUGGAACAGGUUGAGAGCUUCAAGUUCCUUGGUGUCCACAUCACCAACAAACUAUCAUGGUCCAAACACACCAAGACAGUCGUGAAGAGGGCACGACAAAGCCUAUUCCCCCUCAGGAGACUGAAAAGAUUUGGCAUGGGUCCUCAGAUCCUCAAAAAGUUCUACAGCUGCACCAUCGAGAGCAUCCUGACUGGUUGCAUCACCGCCUGGUAUGGCAACUGCUCGGCCUCCGACCGCAAGGCACUUCAGAGGGUAGUGCGUACGGCCCAGUACAUCACUGGGGCCAAGCUUCCUGCCAUCCAGGACCUCUAUACCAGGCGGUGUCAGAGGAAGGCCCUCAAAAUUGUGAAAGACUCCAGCCACCCUAGUCAUAGACUGUUCUCUCUGCUACCGCAAGGCAAACGGUGCCGGAGCGCCAAGUCUAGGUCCAAAAGGCUUCUCAACAGCUUCUACCCCAAGCCAUAAGACUCCUGAACACUAAUCAUGGCUACCCGGACUAUUUGCACUGCCCCCCCACCCCCACUCCACAUUUCUACGCUGCUGCUACUCUGUUAAUUAUUUAUGCAUAGUCAUUUUAACUCUACCCACAUGUACAUAUUACCUCAACUAGCACAUUGACUCUGCACUGGUACCCCCCUGUAUAUAGCCUCCCUACUGUUAUUUUAUUUUACUUCUGCUCUUUUUUUCUCAACACUGUUUUAUUUUACUUUUUGAUUAAAAAAUAAAUGCAUUGUUGGUUAAGGGCUGUAAGUAAGCAUUUCAUGGUAAUGUCUACACAUGUUGUAUUCGGCGCAGAUGGCAAAUAAAAUUUGAUUUGAUUAAGCAGACAGUACAUCAGGUAGGAGACAGUGAAUUUCACUCAAGACAUGUUAUAGUAUAUUACUGUCCUAGGAGAGGGGGUAACACCUGGGGCUGACAACUGAAAGGAACGCAAAAAGUGUGUAGAUUCUAUCUAUGGAAGAAAUACCCCAGAGCACUAUUUUUACCGGCUUGGCUGUAAUGACGUCAUUGAGACCUGCCCAUUUUGUGUCGAGGAUUAAGUGCUUUGGAAAAACACAGACCGACCGACACACACACACACACACACACACACUCUCUCUGUCAUAUGCACAGACAUAAACGGGAGCCCCUGGGCGAUAUUUGCGCACCCACAUGCAUGAUGUACGUGUGGGUAGAAACGGCGCUAUACUCCCCAAUAUGUCUUCUCUCUUUGUUUCCCCUCAACGUUCUUUUUUAACACUGUGCCAGAGCACUAAUUAAAGUGUGUCGUUUUUUCCAUUUUGUGAAGAGUGGGGCCCAGUCCCAACCACCCUGGAGCGACGGCAGUCCUCUGUGAUUAUCCCCCCGUUUUUCUGUUUUUACAUGACAUUAUUUAUUUAAAAAAGAGUCAACUGGAACAGUUUUUAAUAUCGCAGUCAGACUAAUAGUAGUAAGUUGUGUACAUCUUGUCAAAGGGAGGGGGACUUUAUCUUAAUAAAAAUCACUUAAAGAGGGAAUUUCCACCUUUACAAUGCGGGCUGCCUGACAACUGACACCAAAAUAUUAUGAGAACUACAGAGAGCUGACUAUAAUAACUUGAUAGACUGGUUUGAAUAAUAACCACAUUGAUACACUGGUUUGAUAUAAGAGAAUAUUUAGCAGCAUAGUUCUCUUGUUUUCACAAAUGGUAAAAGUAGUACCAGAGGAAGUAGGAGCUGGAGGACUGUGUUUCUUCACUGAGGUCAGUUGAACUUGAGAUGCCUGGCCUCUGUCUGUCUGGUCUUAUUUGCAUUGUGACCGUUUUGUUGAUUUCUCUCCUCAGCUCAGUAAGAUGUUCUUCCUGUUUCCUGACCCGCACUUCAAGAAGACCAAGCACAAGUGGAGGAUCAUCAGUCCCACUCUGUUGGCCGAGUAUGCCUACACACUGAGAGUAGGGGUAAGGACAGAGCAUAGGACGCCUACAUUUACGUUUUAGUAAUUUAGCAGACGCUCUUAUCCAGAGCGACAUACAUUUGGUUAGUGCAUUCAAGUGGGACAACCACAUAUACACAGGCAUAGUAAGUACACUUUUCCUCAAUAAAGUAGUUGAGGUGAGGAGGGGGAUUAUUUAAGAUACUCUUUGAAGAGGUAGGGUUUCAGGUGCUUUCAGAUGAUGGGCAGGGACUCUGCUAUCCUAGCUUCAGUGGGAAGCUGGUUCCACCAUUGGGGUGCCAGGAUAGAGAAGAGCUUGGACUGGGCUGAGCGGGAGUUCUUUCCCCUAGGGGUGGGAGGUCCGAGAGACCAGAGGUGGCAGAAUGGAGUUCUCGGAUUGGGGUGUAGUGUUUGAGCAUAGCCUGAAGGUAGGGAGGGGCAGUUCCUCUUGCUGCUCCGUAGGCAUGCACCAUGGUCUUGUAGUGGAUGCGAGCUUCGACUGGAAGCCAAUGGAGUGUGCGGAGGAGCGGGGUGACAUGGAAUAACUUGGGAAGGUUGAAAACCAGGCGGGCUGCAGCGUUCUGGAUAAGUUGCAGGGGUUUGAUGGCACAAGCGGGGAGCCCAGCCAACAGCGAGUUGCAGUAGUCCAGAUAGGAGAAGACAAGUGCCUGGAUUAGGACCUGCGCCGCUUCCUGUGUGAGUUAGGGUCAUACUCUACGGAUGUUGUAGAGCAUGAACCUGCAGGAGCGGGUCACUGCUUUGAUGUUUGCAGAGAACGACAGGCUGUUGUCCAGUGUCACGCCAAGGUUCUUUGCACUCUGGGAGGGCGACACUGUGGAGUUGUCAACCGUGAUGGAGAGGUCUUUGAUUGGGCAGGCCUUCCCCGGGAGGAAGAGCAGCUCCGUCUUGUCGAGGUUGAGCUUGAGUUGGUGGGCCGACAUCCAGGCUGAGAUAGGCCUAGAACCGAGCCCUGGGGCACACCAGUAGUGAGAGUAUGUGGUGCAGACACAUAUCCUCUCCACAUCACCUGGAAGGAACAGCCUGCCAGGUAGGAUGCAAUCCAAGAGUGUGCAGAGCCUGAGAUGAUGGUUCACAGUGUCGAAGGCAGCGGAUGGAUUUAGGAGGAUGAGAACAGAGUCAGCUUUGGUAGUGCGGAGAGCCUCUGUGACACAGAGAAGAGCAGUCUCGGUUGGAGAAAGAAGUCAAGGCAUAGCCUACACACUGAGAGUAGGGUUAAGGACAGAGCACAGCGUAUGGGGGGGGUUCAUCAGGGGCACCCAAAGUCAACAGUUGAGUUAGGGAUGUGGUUGAGCAAUGGGAAGGGUCUUCAGUUACUUUUUCCAACAGCAAGACAUAUGAUACAUAUGAGAGGACAGUACUAGCUACAGUGGGGGAAAAAAAGUAUUUAGUCAGCCACCAAUUGUGCAAUUUCUCCCACUUAAAAAGAUGAGAGAGGCCUGUAAUUUUCAUCAUAGGUACAUGUCAACUAUGACAGACAAAAUGAGAAUUUUUUUCCAGAAAAUCACAUUGUAGGAUUUUUUAUGAAUUUAUUUGCAAAUUAUGGUGGAAAAUAAGUAUUUGGUCAAUAACAAAAGUUUCUCAAUACUUUGUUAUAUACCCUUUGUUGGCAAUGACACAGGUCAAACGUUUUCUGUAAGUCUUCACAAGGUUUUCACACACUGUUGCUGGUAUUUUGGCCCAUUCCUCCAUGCAGAUCUCCUCUAGAGCAGUGAUGUUUUGGGGCUGUCGCUGGGCAACACGGACUUUCAACUCCCUCCAAAGAUUUUCUAUGGGGUUGAGAUCUGGAGACUGGCUAGGCCACUCCAGGACCUUGAAAUGCUUCUUACGAAGCCACUCCUUCGUUGCCCGGGCGGUGUGUUUGGGAUCAUUGUCAUGCUGAAAGACCCAGCCACGUUUCAUCUUCAAUGCCCUUGCUGAUGGAAGGAGGUUUUCACUCAAAAUCUCACGAUACAUGGCCCCAUUCAUUCUUUCCUUUACACGGAUCAGUCGUCCUGGUCCCUUUGCAGAAAAACAGCCCCAAAGCAUGAUGUUUCCACCCCCAUGCUUCACAGUAGGUAUGGUGUUCUUUGGAUGCAACUCAGCAUUCUUUGUCCUCCAAACACGAUGAGUUUUUACCAAAAAUUUCUAUUUUGGUUUCAUCUGACCAUAUGACAUUCUCCCAAUCCUCUUCUGGAUCAUCCAAAUGCACUCUAGCAAACUUCAGACGGGCCUGGACAUGUACUGGCUUAAGCAGGGGGACACGUCUGGCACUGCAGGAUUUGAGUCCCUGGCGGCGUAGUGUGUUACUGAUGGUAGGCUUUGUUACUUUGGUCCCAGCUCUCUGCAGGUCAUUCACUAGGUCCCCCCGUGCGGUUCUGGGAUUUUUGCUCACCGUUCUUGUGAUCAUUUUGACCCCACGGGGUGAGAUCUUGCGUGGAGCCCCAGAUCGAGGGAGAUUAUCAGUGGUCUUGUAUGUCAUCCAUUUCCUAAUAAUUGCUCCCACAGUUGUAUGUCAUCCAUUUCCUAAUAAUUGCUCCCACAGUUGAUUUCUUCAAACCAAGCUGCUUACCUAUUGCAGAUUCAGUCUUCCCAGCCUGGUGCAGGUCUACAAUUUUGUUUCUGGUGUCCUUUGACAGCUCUUUGGUCUUGGCCAUAGUGGAGUUUGGAGUGUGACUGUUUGAGGUUGUGGACAGGUGUCUUUUAUACUGAUAACAAGUUCAAACAGGUGCCAUUAAUACAGGUAACGAGUGGAGGACAGAGGAGCCUCUUAAAGAAGAAGUUAAAGGUCUGUGAGAGCCAGAAAUAUUGCUUGUUUGUAGGUGACCAAAUACUUAUUUUCCACCAUAAUUUGCAAAUAAAUUCAUUCAAUGUGAUUUUCUGGAUUUUUUUUUCUCAAUUUGUCUGUCAUAGUUGACGUGUACCUAUGAUGAUAAUUACAGGCCUCUCUCAUCUUUUUAAGUGGGAGAACCUGCACAAUUGGUGGCUGACUAAAUACUUUUUUCCCCCACUGUACAUUGCAUAAAUGGCCUGGAAUUGACCUCACCCUCACUUGCUUUCUAUCCUCCUCAUCUGUCUGUUAUCUGCCUCACCGUUUCAUACAUGUCAGAUUUGUGUGGGGCUCUUGGUGUCAGUUCACUGUGGCAGCGAGGAGAGACUGAGGAUUGGGAGAACAAUGGGAGGCUUAUGUUUGUGCAUGUGGGAUUUUAAUGUGCUCACGUGCGUCCGUCUGUAGGCUUUACCGUUACACUCAGCAGCACUGACACGGGGCCCAAGCCAGACACUGAUCUCCUCUGGGGGGUGGAGGUGGAGAGCUGUCUAGAGAAUUUUUCUCUGGCAAUUUAGACUACAACAUCGAUCCGCCCAGAACACACCUCCAUCACACACACCCUCCCCCCACCUCCACGGCUCCCCACCUCCUGGCCUCAACGUGAACGCUACAUCACUGAGCUAACAACCGGGCGCUGUGCAAAUCUAUGCCAUUACUGAGUUUUCCAAGAAAGCCCUGUUCUAAUUAUACUAUCUGUCUGCGCUCCAAUGUAAACUACAAUGACACAGGUUAUAAACCUCUGUUGGCUUUGGGUUAUUUCUGUCCUUUUGAGGAAAAAAAGAAACCUUUGCUCUUCAAAGUAUUUAAGGCCACCACACCAAGGCAUGUUUCAAAGAAAAUGUUAUUGGUUAAAUGCUUACUUUCGAGCCCGUUCCCAAAAAUGCAGAGUUAAAAAGUAAGACAAAUAUUUGCUGAAUAAAAAAGGAAAUAGUAGCACAGUAAAAUAACAAUAAUGAGGCUAUAUACACGGAGUACCAGUACAGAGUCAAUGUGCAGGGGUACUAUGUAGUUGAGGUAAUAAAGUAUGUACUGCACAUGUAGGUAGGGGUGAAAGUGGCAAUCAGGAUACAGUUGAAGUCGGAAGUUUACAUACACUUAGGUUGGAGUCAUUAAAACUUGUUUUUCAACCACUCCACAAAUGUCUUGUUAACAAACUAUAGUUUUGAUAAGUCGGUUAGGACAUCUACUUUGUGCAUGACACAAGUAAUUUCUACAACAACUGUUUACAGACAGAUCAUUUCACUUAUAAUUCACUGUAUCGCAAUUCCAGUGGGUCAGAAGUUUACAUACACUAAGUUGACUGUGCCUUUUAAACAGCUUGGAAAAUUCCAGAAAAUGAUGUCAUGUCUUUAGAAGCUUCUGAUAGGCUAAUUUACAUCAUUUGAGUCAAUUGGAAAUGUACCUGUGGAUGUAUUUCAAGGCCUACCUUCAAACUCAGUGCCUCUUUGCUUGACACCAUGGGAAAAUCAAAAGAAAUCAGCCAAGACCUCAGAAAAAAAACUGAAGACCUCCACAAGUAUGGUUCAUCCUUGGGAGCAAUUUCCAAAUGCCUGAAGGUACCACGUUCAUCUGUACAAACAAUAGUAUGCAAGUGUAAACACAUGGGACCUCGCAGCCGUCAUACCUCUCAGGAAGGAGACGCGUUCCGUCUCCUAGAGAUGAACAUGCUUUUGUGCGAAAAGUGCAAAUCAAUUCCAGAACAACAGCAAAGGACCUUGUGAAGAUGCUGGAGGAAACGGGUACAAAAGUAUCUAUAUCCACAGUAAAACGAGUCCUAUAUCAACAUAACCUGAAGGCCGCUCAGCAAGGAAGAAGCCACUGCUCCAAAACCGCCAUAAAAAAGCCAGACUACGGUUUGCAACUGGACAUGGGGACAAAGAUCGUACUUUUUGGAGACAUUUCCUCUGGUCUGAUGAAACAAAUAGAACUGUUUGGCCAUAAUGACCAUUGUUAUGUUUGGAGGAAAAAGGGGGAUCUUGCAAGCCGAAGAACACCAUCCCAACCGUGAAGCACGGGGGUGACAGCAUCAUGCUGUGGGGGUGCUUUGCUGCAGGAGGGACUGGUGCAAUUCACAAAGUAGAUGGCAUCAUGAGGAAGGAAAAUGAUGUGCAUAUAUUGAAGCAACAUCUCAAGACAUCAGUCAGGAAGUUAAAGCUUGGUCGCAAAUGGGUCUUCAAAAUGGACAAUGACCCCAAGCAUACUUCCGAAACGUUUGACCCAAGUUAAACAAUUUAAAGGCAAUGCUACCAAAUACUAAUUGAGUGUAUGUAAACUUCUGACCCACUGGGAAUGUGAUGACAGAAAUAAAAGCUGAAAUAAAUCAUUCCCUCUACUAUUAUUCUGACAUUUCACAUUCUUAAAAUAAAGUGGUGAUCCUAACUGACCUAAUACAGGGAAUUGUUACUAGGAUUAAAUGUCAGGAAUUGUGAAAAACUGAGUUUAAAUGUAUUUGGCUAAGGUGUAUGUAAACUUCCGACUUGAACUGUAUAUAAUAAACAGAGUAGCAGCAGCGUAAGUGAAAAUGUGUCUGUGUGUGUGGCGUUAAUGUGUGUGUGUUUGGCGUGUCAGUGUAGUAUGUGUGAGUUCAUGGGUAGAGUGAAGUGAGUGUGCAUAGAGCCAGUGCAAAAACAAAAAAAUUACAAUAAAUAAUAAAGGGGGUCAAUGUAAAUAGUCCGGGUAGCCAUUUUAUUAACUGUUCAGCAGUCUUAUGGUUUGGGGGUAGAAGCUGUUCAGGAGCCUUUUGGUCCCAGACUUGGCGCUCUGGUACCGCUUGCCGUGUGGUAGCAGAGAGAACUGGCUAUUUGAAGAAUUUCAAAUAUAAAAUAUAUUUGGAUUUGUUUAACACUUUUUUGGUUACUACAUGAUUCCAUAUGUGUUAUUUCAUAGUUUUGAUGUCUUCAGUAUUAUUCUACAAUGUAGAAAAUAGUAAAAAUAAAGAAAAACCCUUGAAUGUGUAGGUGUUCUAAAACUUUUGACUGGUAGUGUAGGCCGUUAUAUUUUCUAAAUACUUUAUAUCUGGUUUUAGUCUAAGUUUACACUGAAAACGUUUUACCAUCAAUUUAAAAAAUACAUAAUUAUUUUAUUUCUUAUUUUAUUUAUUUAUUGUACUUAGGCGGCCUGAAAAAACACACAUGGCGGCCCGCCCAUGAUUUUUCUAUGCAGAAAAAACACUGACCUUAUAAUAUGGUGCUUGUCGUUCCCAUUCAUUUGGAAUUGAGUAACAGAUUGUGGGACGUGGACUCAUCUCAACAUUAGUUUGUCGAGGGCCGGCAAACCGUGCCAAUAUAUCCUCCAAACACCGGCUUCGAGGGCAUUAUCACUUUUAUACAACGGGUUACCAACAUAUUCAAAUAUUGAUUGACAUAUUUUCAUUAACUUUUUCAUCCUUCCACAAGAUAUAGUCCCGACACAAAUCUAGGGUUGCUUCCCAAGCCGGCUGGUCGUUCGUUCUAUCGGUUUGGUUGCUAGAGACGUGACCCAGUAUUUCUGUAUCUAUGGACCUGACCCAGUCGACGUUCUAAAUGUUCCAUUGCCAUACUGGCUGGCAACGUUAUUAUCCCUUGCUUGCUAGUUAGCGAACUACGGCUAACUUACAGUCAUGUCAAAAAGUGCAGCCAGAAUAACAGCAAAGUAGCUGCAUUUGUUUAAGCUGUUUUCUAUGUGGAUACAUCCAUAUCAAUGAGCUAUGAAGUUCGAUUUCGCCUGGAAUAGAACAUUUGCUCACUCGUCAGGGCACUGUUGUUCAGAAGAGCUAGCCAACAACACAGCUAACACAAUCACUUCAAACUGAAGCUCGAAAGACUGCAAACUAGCUGCACUUUAGUUUUACCUUUUUUCAAUUUACGUGUCUUUGUAUAUAUCCAUAAAAAUUAUGCCAGCUGAUUCAUGAUUUCGACUGGCUGAGAAACGCUGCCUGCCCGUCUGUCUCGUCCCGACUCCCGACAGGUUCAUUACUAUAGGACAGCUGGAGAUCGAAUUUGAAUAUCGAAACAAUGUUGCAAAUGUCGGAGAGACAGACAGCAAGGUUUAUACAAAUCUGAGCUGUUGAAAACUAAAUGUUAGUCUAAAAGAAAUGUGAGAUAAUGUCUAGAUGCGUUUUAUAGUGGAGAUCAAGUUUAUAAAUUGCUGGGCUGAUGAGACAGCGGAUUGUGCAGGCAGAUGGAACAGAGUAAAUAGGCAUUUUAACGUAAUCGAUUUAGCCGGUGGUAACUUGUGGAAUAGACACUGGCUGGAAUGUGGUUUUAACCAAUCAGCAUUCAGGAUUAGACCCACCUGUUGUAUAAACUUAAUUAUGAGGACAUUGUGUUAACUCUUGUUUUGUGUCUCCCAGGGUUUGGUGUACACCAACACAGAUGUGGAGGAAGUGCAUCUCUGGAUGGUGAAACAUUUCAGUGAGCAUCUGCUGUUCACACGGGUCCCCGAUGCGGAACUGGUACGAUGACUGACAUUUUAGACAGUCCUUCUUGACAAUUAAUAUCAAUUCUGUUUUUACUUAUGUAAUACUUUGUCAUAAUAUUUGUCAUAGAGAAGCCAACCUUGAACCCCAUAUAAGCAAGUGAGAAAUUGAUUGUAACAAAGAAGUGAAACUCCUUAGCCUGGAGUUAGACGAAGCAACUUUCACGCAACUUUGGUUGCUUGUCACUGAGUUGCUUCUUGAUUGCUUAGUGAAACACCCCCCAGCAACUCAUCUGCAACUUGUUUGCAUCCAGUUGCAACCUUUCAACUUGCAACUAGUUGCGAACAACAACCAAUCAAAACAAAUGCUUUUGUAACAUGAUCCAUUCGAAGGUUCGGAACUCUGACCAAGUUGUCAUGUCAACAACACAGCUGUCAGUGCUACGGUAAACCCGCGAUCAAGGUGGACAGGAGAGACAUUAGGUAGCUAUUUUGAUAAAACAGUGCUGGCAAUUUCAUUUUGGCUAGCUAAGUUGUACAGCCAGUAUUUUGUCUAAAUCAGUCCUUAUACAAUAACCAAACGGUUGGAGAAACAAAUCAUUUGUGAAAUCGCGGUGUAAUGCAGCAGAUGACAUUGGGUGAGUUUAGAAUUUUCAUACCAUAUGGAGGAAUUAUAUGACAAAAGCAGCUUCAAUUUGAUUGGCUGUUGCAUUGCCUCAUGUAUCAGCAAAGUUUCUUGAAAUUAUGUCACUUGCGUGAAAGUUGCUUAGCAUAACUCCAGCCUUAUGUUCAGAACUUGAUUUUUGUUAAGUAUAUCCAACAAUCUUCCUACCUUCCAAUUUAGAAAACAUUGUCAACAUACUUGCCAGUAUCAUACAGUUUUUAAGCCAUCCCAAAUAUUAUGAUUAGGAAACCUGGUAAAUUAGACAAAUCGACAAAUAGUAAUUCUACUAUUAAAACCCCCAAAAUAGUAAUGGUAAUUUUGGGGUAGCGCUCUUCAGACCCUUCAAAAUUGUCCCUUUGUUUGGCAGGUUGAUGAUGUCAUCAUCAGUCGCCUGGGAACCUGUACAGAGGAGGGGAAGAAGGUGCAGAGGAACGGAGGGAAGAACUACCUGGCAGUUUUCCGGAGGGUAGAAGACCAAAACUAAAACCCCGUUAUUACAGACAUAUCAGUUGGAUGUUGGAUAAACUGAACUUUUUGCCUUGCUGAUAGGAGCAUCAGCUCUUCCCAUGCAAGGACAGAAAAAUGGAUGACCAAAAUGACGGCUAGAAAAGAUUGUCUAUUAUAUUGACAAGAUAGUCAAGUGACCCCUCUAACAAUGGAAAUACAUGUCCUCAAAGAUGGAAGGCAGGCCGGAGGAGGCGAGAUCAGGUGGGACCAUUCUAGCCAAUGAAAGGGCAGAUACGUGUGUGAACAACAUGCCAUAGAGAUAGAUAGAGGACUCCUUU